AAUCGGAAUUUGUGAGAGCGGAGAUCAAACUUGAACGUGAUUGGUCGAAAUCUACUCCGAUCCUCAAUGCGCGCUCCGAUAGGGGCUCGCGUCGCUGCGUACGAUGAUGCUGCGAAAAAAUGCGGAAAACGUAAAAGAAAAAAAAGGAGAGGAAUGUCCGAUUCGAUUACGCGGUGACCGUACAUCCCGUUGACACGCGUGACGCGUGACGCGCCGAGAGUGAGUAUUCGAGGCUCGCGAAUUGAUCGGCCGGAACGCCGCGUCGCUUCGCAGGCGUCUCGACGUGUCGCGUCGCUAUGUCGGACGUCGCCGCCGGCGCGUCUGACACUAGAAAACGUUGCGUCAGCCCGCGCUAACGAGGCCGCCGUCGCCGUCGUCGUCGCCGUCGCCGUCGUCGUCGCCGUCGUCGUCGCCGCCGACGCCGCUGCCGCGCGGAGAGUCGCACGCCUCUCGCCGCAGCAACAGCUGGGCAGCGAUGGGGUUAGGCUUCCGAUGGCGCCUCGUGUUCAUACUGCUCCUCGGUCUGCUACUCUGGCAGACCUCGAAGAUCUGGCUCACGUUCCUGCAGGACGGCCCUGCCACGCCAGAACUUCAAGUGGACCAAGCGGCGACACCAUUGAGUGAAAAGGAUGACCCGGCUUCUCAGAAAGUGCACGUGGCUGUGUAUUACGAAGCGUUGUGCCCGGACUCGCGCAGUUUCAUUUUAAAGCAAUUAGGUCCAACGUAUCAGACACUCUCGACAAACAUAGAGGUUGAACUGGUGCCGUAUGGUAAGGCGACGACGACAAAGCGGCACGAUGAGUACCAGUUCACAUGCCAGCACGGACCGAUCGAGUGUCAGGCGAACAUCAUACACGCUUGCUCCAUCGACGUCAUUAAGGACCCAUCGGUACAAUUGCAAUUUGUGUCUUGCAUGAUCGAGAAUAACAUUGACCCGGUAGGGAUAAUGAAUAUGUGCGCCAAACGAAUACCCGUCGACCUGGAAUCUAUAAAGAAAUGUUCGAACACGGAAAAGGGGAGGAGCCUUUUGGCAAAGUACGGCGAAAUGACAAAUUCUCUCACGCCGCGGGUGUCUUUCAUACCGACGAUUACUCUCGACAGGAGUUCUGAAAACCAGGUGAAGAUAUUGAAAAAUUUGCUGAAGGAGGUGUGCCUGCAUUUCAAAGUGACACCAAAAGAGUGUAAAUCGUGAGAGCACGCAUCGUCCGCCGCUAGCAAAGCAUAUCUGCGUAAUCAUCGAAUUUUUGUUAUUAUAUUACACAAGUUUAAAAAAAUAUACGAAAAAUACAGUAUUUUUUAAAAAAAAAGAAAAGAUUGUUGCCCCGUUUUUUUUCGACAAGACAGCAUGCUGGUAAAUUCGUUAAUCGCUGGAGCGUAAUCGGACGAAAAUAAUACGCAAUUUAUCUCUCAAUGUAUGCGCGUAAUUGCACAGAAUGACGCAGUUGUGUAAGAUUCAUCAGCAGCAUGUGUCAUAAGAGAUAUCCCGCACUUUUUUUGCUCACCAGUUGUUUUCUUUUGUUCAAAUAUACUUUUUUUCGGGGAGAUAAAAUCGCUUGUAUUAUAGAUAAACACCAGUUUGCUCCCAUAUAAGUAUAUAGGAACAAUUUAUUAACUUAAUAUCAACACUUUAUACAAACUGUGCCGCUUUAUUUAUGUACGACAAGAAGUGAAGAACGCCUUUGAGAUACGGCAGAGAAUAUACUUACAUACACUAGAAACAAUUUUCGAAUUAGAAGUCUCAAAAAUCAAGGAGCGUUAAAAUCAUUUAACUACAAUCGUUCAAAGUAAUAAAAAAAAAGAGCUCUGAGUCUAUGCUCGAAAUAAUUCAAUAAUAAAAGAAUCUCCUCAUUUUGCAACGUACAACGUUCUCACCUUGUUUAUAGCGCAACGUACUUGCUCGUUUUAAAAAUUGCGAUUAGCAUAAUCGAACGAAAACUCACUUCGUCGAUCAAUUUCACGUUCGUAUGUACACAUCGAAAUAAAUACAACGUUCGAUAGAAGCAGGAUCGUGUCUUGGUACCUCCGCAAAUACGGUAUAAACGAUUUUUUUUAAGAACAACAACGUGUAUUUCAAUAACAAAGAUCGAGGGGACGCUAAAAUUAAAUAUUAGAAGAGCUAACGCUUCAAUAUUAUUCGGUAAAGAUUUGGCAUUGCCUCGAUGUUAACGUUCACAACAAGAGCUUCCAUGCGCCACUCUUUCUUUCUCUCUCGCUCUCUAUCUAUCCUCGGCGCGCGAAAAUUCUUUCAAUAAAUAGAUUUUGCGAUACGGAUAUAAAAUUACUAUUAUAUUAAAUACUGGAAUAGAGUCUUUGUAACGUAAGAGACUUAAUCGCUAGGUAUCGGUGUUCGAUGAAACGAAGCGGAUUUGGAAGCAUUUAGAUACAGAUGCCUGUCGAAUACUAACGACCACUUUUACAAAACGAGUGUGUUGUUGACAAUUCUUUUUCAUUCUUAAUAAAGUAUAAGUGUGGAAAUAUACCUCGGACACAGAAUAACCACAGUUUACAAAUAGACCCAAUGUGUGCUUCUUUUUUCCCUCCCCCUAUUUUUCUUCGGAUGUUUAAACGGGGAGCGAGAUUUCCUAAUUACAAUUAAUACCGUACUUUCUUGUAACCUAUAUCUAUUCUUCUCAAAAAGUUUUUCGAGGGUAGCGAGAAAAGUCAGAGAUAUGUAAAGUGGAUCCUGUUCACAGAGACACAAUGAAAUAUUCUCAUAGCAAAGUAUCUAGAUGCCAUCGAACACAAAAAGAGAUGAUUUGCUGAAACGAGAGGUCCAUUAGUAAUGAAGGAAACAAAUCGAACUGUGACCUAAAAAUGAGGAUACAUUUAUUUUGUCUUUUUUACUUUUUUUAUCUUUUUUUUACUUAUUUUUUUGUUUAAUGAUCAAUGCGAUCUAGGUCACCAGAAAUACAAGUA